AUGUGGAGAACGUUAAGUGAGAGUGAAACUCAGAAAUUAAAUGAUCAAAAAGCAUGCAUCAUUCAACAGCAGAUAAUUCACACUGGAGUGAAGUUCUGCAAAUGUAAAGAAUGUGGCAAAACUUUUAAUGCAAAAUCACACCUUAUUUUCCAUCAGAGAAUUCAUACUGGAGAGAAGCCCUACCAAUGUAAAGAAUGUGGCAAAACUUUCUGUCAAAAAUCACACCUUACUCAACACCAGAGAACUCAUAAAGGAGAGAAGCCCUUCAAAUGUACAACAUGCAACAAAGCUUUUAAUCACAAAUCGAACCUUAUUUGCCAUCAGAGAAUUCAUACUGGAGAGAAGCCCUACCAAUGUAAGGAAUGUGGCAAAGUUUUCUCUCAAAGAACAUACCUUACUCAACACCAGAGAAUGCAUACUGGAGAGAAGGCAUACCAAUGUAAAGAAUGUGGCAAAGCUUUCUCUCAAAGAUCAUACCUUACCCAGCACCAGAGAAUUCAUACUGGAGAGAAGAACUACCAAUGUAAAGAAUGUGGCAAAACUUUCUGUCAAAGAUCACACCUUACUCAACACCAGAGAACUCAUACAAGAGAGAAGCCCUUCAAAUGUACAACAUGCAACAAAGGUUUUAAUGUCAAAUCAAGCCUUAUUUGCCAUCAGAGAAUUCAUACUGGAGAGAAGCCCUACCAAUGUAAAGAAUGUGGCAAAACUUUCCGUCAAAAAUCACACCUUACUCAACACCAGAGAACUCAUACAGGAGAGAAGCCCUUCAAAUGUACAACAUGCAACAAAGCUUUUAAUGUCAAAUCUAACCUUAUUUGCCAUCAGAGAAUUCAUACUGCAGAGAAGCCCUACCCAUGUAAAGAAUGUGGCAAAGCUUUCUGUGAAGGAGCUCACCUUACUCAACACCAGAGAACUCAUACAAGAGAGAAGCCCUUCAAAUGUACAACAUGCAACAAAGCUUUUAAGGACAAAUCAUACCUCAUUUGCCACCAGAAAAUUCAUACUAGAGAGAAGCCCUUCAAAUGUACAACAUGCAACAAAGGUUUUAAUGUCAAAUCGAACCUUAUUUGCCAUCAGAGAAUUCAUACUGGAGAGAAGCCCUACCAAUGUAAAGAAUGUGGCAAAACUUUCCGUCAAAUAUCACACCUUACUCAACACCAGAGAACUCAUACAGGAGAGAAGCCCUUCAAAUGUACAACAUGCAACAAAGCUUUUAAUGUCAAAUCAAACCUUAUUUGCCAUCAGAGAAUUCAUACUGCAGAGAAGCCCUACCCAUGUAAAGAAUGUGGCAAAGCUUUCUGUGAAGGAGCUCACCUUACUCAACACCAGAGAACUCAUACAGGAGAAAUCCAUACUGGAGAGAAGCCCUACCAAUGUAAGGAAUGUGGCAAAGCUUUCUCUCAAAGAACAUGCCUUACUCAACACCAGAGAAUUCAUACUGGAGAGAAGGCAUACCAAUGUAAAGAAUGUGGCAAAGCUUUCUCUCAAAGAUCAUACCUUACUCAGCACCAGAGAGUUCAUACUGGAGAGAAAAACUACCAAUGUAAAGAAUGUGGCAAAACUUUCUGUCAAAGAUCACACCUUACUCAACACCAGAGAACUCACACAGGAGAGAUGCCCUUGAAAUGUACAACAUGCAUCAAAACUUUUAAGGACAAAUUAUACCUCAUUUGCCAGCAGUGA